AUGCAGAAGAUGCUUGCCGCCCUUUCUCGCGUGUUGUCGAGCGCCGCCCAGAAGCCUGCUAGCAGAGUGCUUUUGGCAUCCCGUAACUUUGCAAAUGAUGCUAUAUUCGAAAUUAAGAAAUGUGAUGUUCAUCGACUGGAAGAGGGCCCCCCUGCUACAGCUGUGCUCACCAGGGAGGAUGGCCUCAAAUACUACAGAAUGAUGCAGACUGUCCGCCGGAUGGAAUUAAAGGCUGAUCAGCUUUAUAAACAGAAAGUCAUCCGCGGCUUCUGCCACCUGUGUGAUGGUCAGAACUGUGUUAACCUCCCUGUUUCUUCAAUGCAGGAGGCGUGCUGCGUGGGACUUGAGGCUGGUAUCAAUCCCACAGAUCAUCUCAUUACAGCCUACCGGGCUCACGGCUUUACCUUUACUCGUGGUCUUUCCGUCCGAGAAAUUCUCGCAGAGCUAACAGGACGAAGAGGAGGUUGUGCUAAAGGAAAAGGAGGAUCCAUGCAUAUGUACGCCAAGAACUUCUACGGGGGCAAUGGCAUUGUGGGAGCUCAGGUGCCCCUGGGAGCUGGCAUUGCGCUGGCCUGCAAGUACAAUGGCAAAGAUGAGAUCUGUUUGGCUCUCUACGGGGAUGGUGCGGCUAAUCAGGGUCAGAUAUUUGAAGCUUAUAAUAUGUCAGCUUUGUGGAAACUGCCCUGUAUUUUCGUCUGCGAGAACAACCGCUACGGAAUGGGCACAUCUGUGGAGAGAGCAGCAGCCAGCACCGACUACUAUAAGAGAGGCGAUUUUAUCCCUGGACUGCGGGUAGAUGGAAUGGAUGUCCUGUGUGUCCGGGAGGCUACAAAAUUUGCAGCUGCAUACUGCAGGUCUGGAAAGGGACCCAUUGUGAUGGAGCUGCAGACGUACCGUUACCAUGGGCACAGUAUGAGUGACCCGGGAAUCAGUUACCGUACACGUGAAGAAAUUCAAGAAGUAAGAAGCAAAAGUGAUCCUAUUAGGCUUCUCAAGGAUAGAUUGGUGAACAGCAACCUUGCCAGUAUUGAAGAAUUAAAGGAAAUUGAUGUGGAAGUAAGGAAGGAAAUUGAAGAUGCAGCCCAAUUUGCUACAGCUGAUCCUGAACCAGCCCUGGAAGAGUUAGGCUAUCACAUCUACUCCACUGAGCCACCUUUUGAGGUUCGAGGUGCCAAUCAGUGGAUCAAGUAUAAGUCCAUCAGUUAA